AUGUACAAGAAGAUUAUAAUUUUAAUAUUUUACACGUUUUUUGCUAAAACUUCGUGUACGCAUAUAAAGGGUGAAUUCUCUACCGAUGAGUUUUUUAAGUUCUUAGUGAAAUUUGGCUUCCAGAAGACAGAUAUUCAUUAUCAGAAAGAAACAUAUGGCUAUAUCUUUGGAAACAUUACUUCAAAACAACAAUUUAAAUAUCCUAUAACGUUUGCGGUGUUAGAUAGAAGGCAUUUUAUACAUUACUAUAAGAGUAGAGAUAUAGCUGAUAAGGAGCUAGCAUGUCAGGUUAUGUUUCAAAACUUGAAUUCGUCGGCGUAUCAUCCCAAAUGCAACGCGUACGGGCAAGACUUAUUUAGAAGAAUCCCUUGUCAGAAAGGCAAGUUGUGCGUAGAUGAGGACACUCCAUGGAAUGUUAUAAAGAAAAACCAAUUUACCUAUGUAAUACAGAAUACAGGUCAACCAAGGUUUUGGUACGUGUCAAUGGUGGCAUGUUACUUAGAUGAAGCAACAUGCACAUGGCACCACUACACGGGAGCACCGACAAAAGACAACAAAACAUUGACAGAUAUCCCUCAGACUGUACAGUAUGACUUUUGGCUUGUAAACGGAAGUCCUAACUUGUCAUUUUAUAAUACAUUAUUGUAUCAAUUUUCUUUUGAUCAUCAAAACACUCUCGAACUAUAUUUGGUGUUCUGGUUGUGCUACAUCAUAUUAUUGCCGGUGCAAAUUUAUGCUGUCAGAACCCAGAAGCACCCAGUGACAAAGUUAUUUACCUUCAGCCUAACCCUGGAGUUUGUUGCUCUUUGCUUCAAUGUGCUGCACACUGUCAAGUUUGCUGCAGAUGGAGUUGGUUUCGCGGGUUUGGCUGCUGCUGGUGAUAUACUUGAUAUUAUGAGCAGGACACUCUUCAUGUUACUACUACUUCUACUAGCCAAAGGUUGGGCAGUCACAAGAUUAGAGUUGACUUAUAAACCGCUUGUGUUUGGAGUUUGGCUUGGGUACGGAAUUGUACACAUACUGCUCUAUGUUUGGAAUACUACGGAAGUGGAUAUAAUAGAGGAAAUUGAUGAAUAUCAAACAUGGCCGGGGUGGUUGAUUCUCACUUUACGCGUAGCUAUCAUGACGUGGUUCGUGCUAGAACUACGCAACACAAUGGUCUACGAGCAUAAUAUGCCUAAGUUGAAUUUCCUGCUACACUUUGGCGCGUCCAGUCUCGUGUGGUUCGUUUACUUGCCGAUUAUUGCGCUUAUCGCGUUGCAAAUCAGUCCGUUGUGGAGGUUCAAAUUUUUAUUGGGUAUUACGUACUCGGCAGAUUGCCUUGCAUUCUGCGUGAUGGCGCAUCUACUGUGGCCCACGCGGUCCGAACAGUAUCUAUUGCUGGCACCUUCUAACUAUACAGCUGAAAUUGACGAGCUUGAUGAAUUCAGCGAGUCACCACACGUUGUAAACAGCGACACCGUAGCACUAACAACAUCCGAAAGCGUGAACGCGGACGACGAAGAAAUAAUAUUUACUCGCGCGGCGCUCAAAAACGGUAUUGUUUUUUCAUAGCGACAAGAAUAGGUCCUUAUGAGAUCCUACUAAAGGAACGUCUCACCUGCUUUGCAGAUUGUGAUGUAAAAACUUAUGAAAUGGUUUUAUACUAUGAAUUAACGAAAGUUGACGUGAUGCUUAUGGAUAAGUAGUGCAUACAAGCUAAAAAACUGUAUUUGGUAUUAGAAUUAAUGACAGUUCUCGACUGCAUAGUUUCAGUUUUUAUCAAUAGAGCUUCAAAUGUUCCACGAGCUUUUGUACAGGGUUUAGUUAAAUGUUGAAGAGUGCGCGCCCCCUAUUAAGCAUUUGAAGAACAAAAGCUAUUUCAUGUACGUAACUCAAUAUGAACAAAACAAAGACAGUGUCUUUUUUUCACUGAGUGCCUGCGACCGAGAUAUAUGCACCAACACACGCUCUUUUAUACCUGUGGCUGUGUUGCUUCCAUCAACUCUUGUUAAUUCACCUAUACUCUCAAUGGGAGGGAUUUCCUCUGUAGGUAAUGAAUUAUUGAAACUACUCGAAUGAUGCCAACGAUAAAUUAACGUCGUAACAGUCAGUAUCAAAUAUGUCUGAACUGUAAAAUAGAAUAUACGGUAAAUUUUGCCUUUUUCGGAGUGCUCAAAAUAUAUGUAAAUUUUACAAAAAUCACCGUAAUGUCAAUAAAUAAGGUGUGCUUUUUCAUUUGUUAGUGGAUAGAUAGCGUGCGCGCUUUCUUCAUAAGUAGUCGGACACUUAACUAUUUAAACUCAAUUAAAUCUAGUAGAUAUUAUGAUGUAGAAACUAUUAGAAAGGCAGUCCGUCAGUUUCCUGAUCAAUUUUAUAUUUAUAAAUUUACACAAGUUCAAAAUCGCAUAAUUUUCAGCCAAUAAGGAGACCAACUUAAUUAAUAUUUUCAAGACCAUUC